AUGGCUCCUGCGAAGGCUAAUGGGAUAGGCGUCCAGGUGGAGGACACGCGUAUCUGCGUGGUCAUGGUGGGCUUGCCAGCCCGAGGUAAAAGCUACAUUGCACAAAAGGCCCAGAGAUACCUCCAAUGGCUUUCCAUACCCUCUCAGACCUUCAACGUCGGCAGCUACCGUCGCAAGGCCGCAGCCCAACCCACCGCCGACUUCUUCGAUACAACCAACGUGGAGGGUGAGCGGCAGAGGAAGGCGGCCGCUGAGGCGGCGGUGGCCGACAUGUUGAGGUGGUUCAAGACCGAGAACGGCGUCGUGGCCAUACUGGAUGCCACCAACUCGACCAAGGAGCGGCGCAAGUGGAUCCUCGAGAUCUGUUCAAAGGCCGGCAUCGAGGUCAUCUAUGUCGAGUCCAAGUGCGAUGACGAGAACCUGAUCAUGGCAAAUAUAAGAGACGUUAAGACCACAAGCCCGGACUACAAGGGCCAGGACCCAGAGCAGGCCGCGCUCGACUUCCGCAACCGCAUUCGAAACUACGAAAAGAUAUACAAGUCCGUCAACGAGGAUGGUGACGAGGAGCAUCUCACCUAUCUGAAGAUCAUGGAUGUCGGCAAACAGGUCAUCAUCAACCGUAUCCAGGACUACCUGCAGAGCCGGGUCGUCUACUACCUCAUGAACCUGCACAUCAGACCCCGGUCUGUAUGGCUGUCACGGCACGGCGAGUCCAUGUACAACCUGGAUGGGCGAAUUGGAGGCGAUGCGCUGCUGUCACCCCGCGGGGAACAGUACGCACGCAAGCUUCCUGAAUUGGUCCGCGAAUCAGUGGGUGAUGAUCGUCCCCUCACGGUCUGGACGUCCACAUUGAAGCGGACCAUCGCCACCGCGCGAUUUCUGCCCAAGCACUACAAUCAGCUGCAGUGGAAAGCUCUCGACGAGCUGGACGCAGGUGCAUGCGACGGCAUGACCUACCAGCAGAUCAAGGAUCAGUUCCCGGAGGACUUUGAGGCACGUGACGAGGACAAGUACAACUACCGAUACCGCGGCGGCGAGUCCUACCGCGACGUGGUGAUCCGGCUGGAGCCUAUCAUCAUGGAGCUGGAAAGGUCCGAAGACAUCCUGAUUGUGACACACCAGGCGGUGCUGCGGUGCAUCUACGCGUACUUUAUGAAGCGCGACCAGGCUAAGAGCCCGUGGAUGCACGUGCCCCUACACACGCUGAUCAAGCUGACCCCCCGGGCAUACGGCACAGACGAGCAGAGGUGGGACGCUAAGAUCGCUGCCGUCAGUACGUGGCGCGGCAAGGGCAGCACGGCCAAGCACGAGGAUCCUAUCCCCUCGGCACUGCAAUGA